AUGUCUAAAUCAAUCUGCCAAUCAGCAAGCGGCGGCCACGACGUGGCUCAGUUCAGCUACCAGACCAUCAUGGGCACGGUGUUCGAAAUAACCAAGAGGUACAUACUGCUGGAACCCAUUGGAGUUGGUGUCUCGGGGCUUGUAUGCUCCGCAAAGGAUCGGCUUGGACAGCAGACAGUGGCCAUCAAAAAGCUUGCAGGUCCAUUUCGUUCCGAUAACAUUGCAAAACAUAUGUAUCGCGAAGUCAAGCUGCUAGAACAACUUCGACAUGAGAACCUCAUUCACUUAAGAGACAUCUAUAUUUCUCCAUCCGAAGAUGUGUAUGGACCAUUUUUACUGUCAACGCGAAAGUCUCUGAUUACAUUUCCAAGGUAUCUUGUGACAGAUAUGAUGACGACUGAUCUUCAAACACUUCUAAAAACAAAGAUCAUCGAAGACCAGUUCACUCAGUACUUCGUAUACCAAAUACUGCGCGGUCUAAAAUACAUUCAUUCCGCCGGCGUCAUACACCGCGACCUGAAACCCAGUAACAUCUUAAUCAAUGAGAACUGCGAUCUUAAGAUCUGUGACUUCGGUCUAGCCCGUGUGCAAGAAGGACAAAUGACCGGAUAUGUCUCUACGCGGUACUACCGAGCCCCAGAAAUUAUGCUCACCUGGCAGAAGUAUAGCGAGAAAGUGGAUAUCUGGAGUGCGGGCUGCAUCUUUGCCGAGAUGAUCCUGGGAAGACCUCUAUUUCCGGGGAAGGAUCAUAUUGAUCAGUUCUGUGUGAUUACACAAUUGUUGGGAAGCCCGCCUGACAAUGUUAUUGCGAAUGUAAAGAGCCUAAAUGUUCGUAAAUAUGCCGCCGAUAUCGUGAUUCUCCGAUACUGA